AUGGGAGAGAGAAAAAAAGCGAGGCCAAACAAGAAAUCCAAAACGGAGUGGCCUUCCAUCAAACCCAAGUCUAAUCUUCAAAUCACUCGCCUGAAAGACAACGAUCUUUUUACUAUUCAGAACUUCUUUACACCUGUUGAGUCGAAGGCAGUCAUUAAAGUUGCAGAAGAAAUUGGCUUUCUUCAUCAAGGGAGUCUGGGUCCAACAAAAGGAGAAGCUUAUAGAGACAAUGACCGAAUAGCUGUACAAGAUCCUGUUCUUGCAGAUGCAAUAUGGAACUCUGGGCUCAAAAACUUAUUUUCUGAUAUUAAGUUUCGAGGCAAAGUCGCAGUUGGUUUGAACCCAAAUAUAAGAUGUUAUAGGUACACUGCUGGUCAGCGUUUUGGACGGCACAUUGAUGAAAGCGUUGAUCUUGGAGAAGGGAGGCGUACACACUAUACAUUGUUAGUCUACCUUAGUGGUACUCCUGGUGGAAAUAUAUCCAACUCUAAGAAUGAUGAUGUCUCCCGGGAUUCUUUAUCUGAGGCUCUGGUUGGAGGAGAGACUGUUUUCUACGGCCCAAGAAAUGCUCUGGUGGCAGAGGUACCUCCUACUGAAGGUAUGGCUCUACUUCACAUUCAUGGUGAUAAGUGUAUGCUGCAUGAAGCACGAAAUCUUCGAUUAAUCAUUCACGUUCUGUUCUCUUAUGAUAGCAAACUCGAGUUCAUGUCAAAUAUAUGCAUCGGUAUUAGAUGA